AUGUCCACAAGUGGUUCCGGUGGCUCACAAAAUCCGGCGAGGACAAGCUCCGGAUCUGGAAAUCUCGUUAAUGCACAAAACGUGAUUCAGAUUGAAAAUUUCGACCCGGCCAAGCAAACAUGGAAACGUUGGCUUCAACGUUUACAAGGAUCUUUCAAGGUGUUCAAAAUAACGGCGGAUGAUGAAAAAGUUGUGUACCUUCUACAUUACAUCGGAGUCGAGGCAUUCGGAGUUUUGUGUGAUCGAUUAGAUCCGGAUGACCCUUAUACUAAAUCGUUCGAUGAAUUGUGUAAUAAAUUGAGUGAAUUCUACGCCCCAGAGCCGUUGGAAAUUGCGGAAAUUUAUACAUUCCGCAAACGAAUGCAAAAAGAUGGUGAAGCAGCACAGGAGUACAUGGCUGCACUGCAAAAAUUGUCGUUGCAUUGCAAAUUCGGCAAUUAUUUAAAAACGGAGUUGCGGAACCAAUUUGUAUUUGAAAUUAAAAAUCCACGGAUCCAAGCCAGACUUUUGGAAUCAGUCGAUCUGACGAUGGAGAGAGCUCUUAAAAUUGCUUACGCUAUGGAGAUGGCAGACCAAGGAGUUCACCAGCUGAAGGACGAACCAGUGGCGGCAGUCGACUUCGUUGGAGCUGGGAGCAAAAAUAGGAAGAAGACGAACGAAAAGGAGCGCAAGAAGCAGCCGUUUGGGAAACCGGAGGCGAAGAAGACAUCGAAAGAGACGGGAAAUGCGAAACAAUUUAAAAAUAGUUUUAAAAAUAAUAAAACGAUAUGUUUUAGGUGUGGUGGAAAUCAUUUGGCGCCCGUCUGUUCUCUUCCUCGGUCGAUGAAGUGCUUGGAAUGCGGCGGUUAUGGUCAUUUGAAAAAGGUCUGCAAAAAGAAAGGUCAAACAAACUACGUAGAGGACAUUGCCGCUAUAGAAACAGCAUGCGAACACGCUAAACAUCGGUCGAAGUACACGGUCUCUCUCCAAGUAGAAAACAGGAAAAUAGAAUUUGAUGUGGAUUGCGGAGCGGCGGUGACCUUGGUGAGUCAGCAUUGGCUAAGUCAAAUGUUUCCGAAGCUAGAAAUUAUUAAAACUGAGUUGAAAUUGCGAUCGUAUUGUAGAAAAGAGUUCGUUCCAGUUGGAUAUGUAAAAGUAAAAAUUAGAGAUCUAAAUGCAUGGAAGUAUUUAAAUAUGUACGUAGUAAAAUAUGAUAGACAGCCACUUUUGGGUAGGGAAUGGAUGAAUCAGCUACAAACGUUUAAUAAAUUAAAAAAGAGUUUAGAAGAAAUUCAGUCAUUAAAUAUGGUAGAACAAUCUGGGAAUAGUCGUCUAAGCAGUUUAUUAGACAAAUAUGCAAACGUGACAAGUGAAGAUUUUUCUCCGAUUAAAAAAAUAAAAGCCCAGUUAAAUUUAAAAUCAAAUUCACAGCCAGUUUUUCUUCGAAGUAGACAAGUGCCUUUUCAAUUAAGAAAUAAAGUAGAAAACGAAUUAAAUAGAAUGGUGGAAGCGGGAAUAUUGAAGCCCGUAGAAGCGUCGAAAUGGGCAACCCCGAUAGUGCCAGUGUUAAAGAAAGAUUGCGGGGUAAGAAUAUGUGGAGAUUUUAGUGUCACGAUAAAUUCUUGUUUGAUAGUUGAUGAGCAUCCAUUACCGACCCAUGAUGAACUUUUUGCUAAAAUGGCUGGUUGUACGAUUUUUUCAAAAAUAGAUUUGAGACAAGCCUAUUUGCAAUUGGAAUUGAGGGAUGAAGAUAAAGAAAUUCUUACUUUAAAUACGUCCAAAGGGUUAUAUCAAUGCAACCGACUUAUGUAUGGAGUGGCGUCGGCGCCAGCGAUUUGGCAGAGGACGAUUGAAAAUAUUUUGAAAAAUAUUCCAGAUAUUACGGUUUUUCUGGAUGACAUUAAAAUUGCAAGUACAAACGUAGAAAAACAUUUUGAAAUUUUGGAAUUGGUUUUAAAUCGGCUAUCGGAAUAUAACGUUAGAAUUAAUUUAGAGAAAUGUAUAUUUUUAAAAGAUCAAAUUUCGUAUUUGGGUCAUAUUAUUGGGAAAGACGGUAUAAAAAAAGAACAAAAGAAAAUGGAAGCGGUAGAAAAGUUACCGAGACCGGGAAACGUUUCUGAAGUCCGAGCGUUCAUAGGUUUGAUUAAUUACUAUGGGCGAUUUAUAGAAAAUUUGAGUAAUAUUCUAAGACCAUUAAAUGAAUUAUUAAAGAAAAAUACGCGUUUCAAAUGGACUUCGGAUUGUGAGAACGCUUGGCGGCAGGCCAAACAAGCAUUUUGUAGUAAUAAAAUACUAGUUUCGUUUAACCCAACUUUGCCAAUCGUGGUGGCAACUGAUGCUAGUCCAUAUGGGGUCGGAGCAGUUUUGUCUCAUGUAUAUCCGAAUGGAACGGAACGAGUUAUACAAUAUGCUUCGUGUACAUUAAAUGAAACACAAAGAAAAUAUACUCAGAUUGAUAAGGAGGCAUAUGCCAUUAUUUUCGGUAUUAAAAAGUUUCAUAACUUCUUAUAUGGUAAGCAUUUUACGUUACUCACAGAUAAUAAGCCGAUUACGCAAAUUUUGAGUCCGGGUAAGGGUUUACCAGCAUAUAGUGCGAUGCGUAUGCAACAUUACGCGGUUUUCUUGCAAGGGUUUAAUUUUGAGAUAAAAUAUAGGAAAACUGAAAAUCAUGGCAAUGCGGACGGAUUGUCGCGACUACCAAUUAAGGAGAAUUUUAUGGCAAAUUAUGAUGCGCUUGAUGUGUACACAAUCGAUACGUUAAACAUGUUACCGGCUAAAGCGAGCGAAAUCAAAUUGGAAACUUCGAAAGAUUUAAAUCUUGCAAAGAUAGUAAAAGCAUUAGAAAAAGGCGAAAGUCUUAAAAGAUUUGGUUUGCAAGAUCACGAAUUCGCGCUAAAUAAUGGAAUUUUGUUAAGAAAAGAUAGAGUAGUAAUUCCAGAAAGUUUAAGAAAUAGAAUUCUUAAAGAAUUACACUUAGGCCAUAUGGGUAUUGUAAAAAUGAAAGGGUUAGCGAGAAAUUAUGUGUGGUGGCAAGGUAUCGACUUGGAAAUCGAAAAAACGGUUCGAAAUUGUAAAGAAUGUAGUCGCGUGCAAAAUAAUCCGAAGCCCGCGCCAUUGCAUCAUUGGGAGCCUACGGAGCAAGCUUUUCAAAGAAUUCAUAUGGACUUUGCGGGACCAUUUGCAGGUCAUAAUUUUUUAGUCUGUAUAGAUGCGCAUACAAAAUGGCCCGAAGUCUAUGUAAUGAAAAAUAUUAUAGCUACAACUACUAUUGAAAAAUGUCGUGAAAUUUUCUCUAGAUUCGGCCUGCCUAAAAUGCUAGUAACGGAUAACGGGAGAACAUUUAUUUCCCAAGAGUUUCAAAAUUUUAUUAAAGCAAAUGGAAUUAUCCAUAGAUGUACGGCUCCUUAUCAUCCGGCUACCAAUGGUGCAGCAGAAAGAUUUGUACAGACGUUGAAACAAUGGCUACGUAAAACUAACUUAACGAAAGAGAAUGUAAAAACUAGCGUUCAGAAGUUUUUGUUCCAUUACCGUAUCACUCCAAUUCCGGAAUUGAAACAAUCACCAGCUGAAAUUAUGUUCGGACGGAAUUUGCGUAACCGAUUAGAUUUAAUUUUCCCGAAGGAACUAGAAAUUAAGAAAGAAUCAAGGGAGUGUAAUGGAGCAAGAAAUUUUGAGAUAGGAGAUAAAAUAGUCGCUCGUGAGUAUCUGAAUAAAGAAUUGAAAUGGCGAGUCGGUAGUGUACAUCAAAAAUUAGGAAAGCUACAUUAUUUAAUAAAAUUAGAAAAUGGUAAAAUUUGGAAAAGACAUGUAAAUCAAUUACGUUCAAGCGAACAGGAUAGUAAUGAAAGUGAACCAAAUAAUAAAAUAGAUAUUUUUAAUUAUGCGAAUCCUGAAUUAGUUUUAAGAGAUUUGGAUUCUAAUGGAGAGAGACCGAGUACUUCAACGGAUGACGAGGGUUUGACUAACACCGCUCAAGCAUCGGCCGAGGUAGAGUCAGAGGCAGUUGCGUGCUCACAGGUACCAUUGCCUGUGGAGGAAAAUACAAAUUCACAUGCGAGCGAACUGGUUCGAAGCGAACGUCCUAAGCGAAAUAGAAAAGAACCAGAUCGGUACAGAGAUUACUUAUCUUCGUUUUAG